AUGGAGGGCCUCGCGGCAAAGGGCUGCCGCUUAGUGCAGCUGGAUGUGACCAAGCCCGAGACGAUCAAGGCCGCAGUGGACAAGAUUGUAGGGGAGAACGGUCGCAUUGACGGUGUGGCCGUGCGCAAGCCGGCGCUGGACACACCCCUGGAGGAGGUCAGGGCGAUGUAUGACGUCAACUACUUUGGUGUGGUGGCGGUGAACGACGAGGUGAUGCCGCACAUGGUGGAGCAGCGGUCGGGGAAGAUACUCAACCUGGGCAGCGGCCUGGGAUACACCGGCCUCCCGACAAUGAGCCAUUACAGCGCCGUGAAGCACGCCGUGCGCAGCUACACCGACAUGCUGCGGAUUGAGCUGGCCCCAUUCGGCGUCCAAGUGUGUUUUGUGGCGCCAGGGUACAUCCGCACCCACAUCGGCGACGGCUACGAACUGCCAAAGGGCAGCAUCUACCAUGCCUUCCCGCGCCUCGCGAACGAGCUGUCCAAAACGGUGUUCAUCGGAACCACAUUUGAAGCCGCCACCCCCGCCGACGUGUUCGCGUCGCGCCUGGCAAAGGCCGUACUGGCGCCGCGCAUCCCGAGGCACUACCGAGAUGGCCAUCUUGCCAUAGUGCCGUGGCUAGCGUCCAUGUUUGUGCCGCUGUGGAUCUACGAGUGGGGCUUUGCCCUGCGGUACGGGAUCACCCCAAACUCAAUGGUGGGGAGGCCGUUCUCAAAGGAUAACAAGGGGAAGUGA